AGAAAUGCAGAUCUGAGGAGCUGCAGCCCGGUUCAUCCACCAUCAUCUCAUUCACUGCAGUGUGAUACAACACCAGUCGGUGGCACUCCCGAAGGAUCGUCUCUGAAGUCAUCGCAUGUAAAGACGAUGUCUGCAACAGCAAUGGCUAAAGUCAUGAUCGUCAUGCUGGCCGUCUGUCUUCUUGCCCAAAUAGACGGGAAACCCGUUAAGAAGCGAGCUGUCAGUGAAAUACAGCUGAUGCACAACCUAGGCAAGCACCUGGCCUCCAUGGAGAGGAUGCAAUGGCUGAGAAAGAAGCUGCAAGAUGUGCACAAUUUUGUCAGCCUUGGAGUCCAAAUGGCUGCCAGAGAUGGCGGUUUCCAGAGGCCCGCCAAGAAAGAGGAAAACGUCCUUCUUGAUGCCAACCCGAAAAGUCUUGGAGAGGGAGACAAAGCUGAUGUGGAUGUAUUAGUUAAGGCUAAGCCUCAGUAAAGGGCAACAUCAUAUACUGCUAUCUUUUCAAGCUCUCUGAAGAUCGUCAAGUGCUAGCUAAUACUUCUGUAAUUAAAAAUCUGGAGUUUUUUUAUUCCACUUUUACUCAUUUAAGGUCUCUUUCAAUGAUUCCAUUUCAAUAAGUUCUUUUUAAAAUAUGUUACUGCAGAACUUAUAAGAGAAUAAAUUACACAUUUCCACUUCUCUCUUUAAAUACAAAAUAAAACUUUAGUGAUCAUGAAU